GUAUCUAUCUAUCAUUCUACACUCUCUCAUCAGAGUUCACUCCAUGGCCCUAUCUCCUAAAUCAACCUCCAUUACCACAUCUCCUAAUUCGUGCACUCUCUUCUUCAUUUUCACUCUCACCGUCAUCUUUCUUUACACCCUUUACAACCACCAUUCACCGUCAUCUGCACCGCCGUCUAUUUCCGGUGAUAACCCGCCUUUUAUUUCCACUUUCUUAAACUCUGCUUCCAAUUACACCAUUUCUAACUACCUCCGCCACCUUACCCUCCGCCCCCAUCUCGCCGGCACACCGCAGUCAUCCGCCGCCGCCGACUACGUCAGGCAUAACUUCCAGUCAUUCAACCUUGAAACCCAUGUGACGGAAUACUCUGUUUUGCUGUCUUAUCCUGUGAAAUCAUCACUCACGGCGCAUUUCAGCAAUAAAACCGCAGAGUUACUCCCGUUGACCGAACCCCAGUUGGGGUUUGACUUUUCAGAUGUUGUGAAGCCUUAUCAUGCUUAUUCGCCAUCUGGGUCAGUGUAUGGUAAGGCGGUUUACGUUAGCCAUGGCAAAGAAGAUGACUAUCGUGCGCUGGAGGCGGCUGGGGUGGAUGUGAAAGGGUGUAUAGCGGUGGUCAAAAGAGGUGGUGGGAUGUCAAGAAAUGCAGCCGUAGUGAUGGCGGCGGAAAAAGGGGUGGCGGCGGUGGUUAUGUUUACUGAAAAUAAAGAUAAAGUUAGAAGCUUUAAGAGUGGUGGUGGGGUAGAAAGAGGGAAUGUUUUGGACGGUGUGGGGGACCCGCGGACGCCUGGAUGGGCCUCCGCGGGUGCAGAUGGUUUCGAGGUUUUAGGGUUGGAGUAUGAUGAGGUUUUGAAGAGGUUUCCGGGUGUGCCGUCUCUACCUAUUUCGGCAGAGACGGCAGAAAUGAUAUUGGGGUCACUUGAAGGGGCCAGGGUGCCCCAUUUUGGGAGUGAUGGUGACCUAGUUGAGAAAUUUGACAGAGUUGGCCCUGGACCAACUUUCUUGAAUUUUACAUAUCAGGGGGAGAAUAAGGUGGCAACGAUUCAAAAUGUAUUUGCCGUGAUAAAAGGAUCAGAAGAGCCUGACCGGUUUGUGGUACUUGGCAACCACAGAGAUGCAUGGACCUAUGGAGCCGUUGACCCAAAUAGUGGGACUGCUGCCCUUAUUGACAUUGGUCGUAGGUAUUCUCUUAUGAUGCGCAUGGGGUGGAUUCCUCAGAGAACUAUCGUUUUAUGCAGUUGGGAUGCAGAAGAGUUUGGGAUGAUCGGAUCUACUGAAUGGGUUGAGCAAAAUCUUGUAAAUUUGGGCUCCAAGGCUGUGGCAUAUAUCAAUGUGGACUGUGCGGUUCAAGGGCCUGGAUUUUUCGCUGCUGCAACACCUCAGCUAGAUGAUAUUCUAGUUGAGGUUACCAAGAAGGUUGCAGAUCCCGAAUUCGCAGAUUCAACACUCUUUGAGAAGUGGAAAACAACAAGUGACUUCCCUAUGAUUCAAAGACUUAGUGACGUAUUUUCUGAUUUUUCUCCGUUUUUGCAUCAUGCCGGGGUUCCUUCUAUUGAUCUUUACUAUGGCAAAGAUUUUCCGGUUUACCACACUGCUUUUGACUCGUAUGAGUGGAUGGUUAAGUAUGGAGACCCGUUCUUCCAUCGUCACGUGGCUGUUGCUGGUGUUUGGGGACUGCUUGCACUUCACUUGGCUGAUGAUCCUAUCUUACCCUUCAACUAUGUUUCAUAUGCAGCUCAGUUGCAGAACCACACACAGUCAUUACACAAAUUGUUGGAAGGGGAUGUCUCUUUGCAUCCUAUAACAUCUGCCAUUCAAGAACUUACAGUUGUUGCUAAACAAGUGGAAGAUGAAACGAAGAAAAUGAGGGAGGACGAAACCAAAGGUCAUGUUUCGAUUUUAAAGAGACGCAUCUUAAAUGAUCGUUUGAUGUUUGCUGAAAGAGGGUUCUUGGAUUCAGAUGGAAUACAAGGAAGGCAAUGGUUCAAGCAUCUUGUGUAUGGACCUGCUAUCGAGAGUAAAUUGGGAUUCUUCCCUGGAGUUGCAGAUGCUUUAUAUCAGUCACCAGGAGCAGAACAUGCAAAGAAACAGGCAGUAAUCCAACAUGAAAUCUGGAGGGUUGCAAGGGCCAUCCAAAGAGCCACAAGUGCUUUAAGAGGUGGAUUAACAUAAUAUUACUAAUUGUAUCCGAGCUGGUGGGAGUGAUGGAGAGAUGGAGUCGUAUAUAAAUGUCUCUACGGGAACUUAAAUAUACUUGAUGCUUCAUCCUCCCAUUGAAUAUGUAUAGGGAAUGUUAACUUGAUGCAGUUUUGUUCUGAGAAAUGAUUUGUCCCAAGAAUAGAAUUAACUCGAGUUACAGUAAUAUCAUUUGUAUUUUCAA